AAGAAAGUGAGUGAUGUUUAGACUGAACGGGUAGGAUCAAGACACUUCUCAUGAAAAAUUACACAUCGUGUCAUGCAGUCAUGGAAAACAGAAGGUCUAAUGCUGAUCUGAAAUUAGCUAUCGACUUUAGACUCUAUAUAACCGUCGGGUUUUAAGCUCACGGUGACCAGUCAAAAGCGCGAUUUGUAUAUCCUCGGAUAACCUCGGACAAAAACAUGUGCUUUUCUAAAUGGAUGGUCUAAUGAUGGAGGGACAUAGCCAGGUCACCGCGCGGGUGCAGUCGGCCAGGCUGAUGAAGAUGAUGAUGUUCGUCUCCAUGGUGAUCGCUGAUUCACCUGCUGCAGACUGGCCAUUGGAUGCUCCAAACAUGCCAAAAGAAUCUUCAAUAGAAGUGCCGCAUAAUGUAUCUUCUGCCUUGUCUGGAUUUUCUCCACCGCCUAGUUCAGUUCCAUCUAAAGCCCCAGAUCCCCUUGCCACACCCCCUUUACAUUCCUUGGAGUCUGAAAAAGCUUUUCGAUCUCCCUCCAGAGUUUCCUCCAGACAGCCUCGAGAAGUUAAGUCUCCAGUGCCUAUCUCUCAUACAGUGCCCUCCCCCUGGAACGCUAUCAGUCCAGCUCCACAGUUCCCCUCACAGCCUACAGACAGUUUAUCUGUGCCUUCUGGAGAUUCGCCUCUGAGAAUUCCCGAUGAUUCUCCCAUUCCUUCCCCUCAGAUCCAGUAUGGAACGACGAGAGUCAGUGACACUGAGAUUCCUUUUGGAGACGCGGUGGAACCAUCCCGCAGAAUUCAAGACCUUCAACCCAGCCACAGCCCAGACGUAAAACGUGAUCCAAAUGAUCAGCAGUUAGAGCCGAGUCAUGUUUUUGUGAACCAUCUUGUGACAUCAGCCUCUGUUGAGCCAACCAUGGGCCCACCUGAAGACUUUUUCCCAACCAACACCAUGGAUGCGGAUUAUGGCUCUGGAGAUUACCUGGAAACUAUGUCAUUCAUGGGAUCUGAAGACAAUGACUACUCUCUGGUUAGUAAUCUCCCCUCUGAUGUGUAUGAUUUUGAAUACUCAAACUCUGAGACCUAUGACACCACAUUUCCCACAAGAGUGGUGAUGUCAUUUUCCAGCAAACACCUGAAUCCCACCUCUACGAGUUCCAGUUUUAAUAGUAAUUCAACCUCAAACGUUCCCACCACUGAUUUAAACCAACACCAAACAACAUUUCUCAGUUCGACAACCACAGUUCCCAUUUCUUGGCCAACGUCUCCAGUUUUAACCACUAAACCCAGCAUUUCGACUUCUGAGCCCAACCACACCAUUUCCCCAUCCCUUCCAACCAUCCAACCAACUAGAGUACAUUCUUUACUCACAGUUUCAAAUCCUUCAGGUAUUUUAAACCAGAAUGAAUCUGUGAAUGAGAGUUUAGAGAUGGCACCUGACUGGCCAGUCACUGUCACCAUCCAACCCACAGAUGUUCUUUUGCCAGACAUGAACAGUUUGGAGUUCUACACUAUUCAGAUGACCAAGGAAAAUGAUAGCUUGCCAGAGCACACUGCCAGACAUAUAACCUUUAGUGUUUCCUCUACAUCAAUUGGCACUACACACAUUGUGCCCAAUAGUACGUACGCGAUUGACCCGAGUUACAUGCUAACUGCAGUGUUUGAUGACACGAUUCAAUCUGCAGACAACAGUUCAUGGAUUGAAGAAGAAUCUUCAACAGAUAUCUCUGGAUUUGAACCUUUUAACACUUCAACCCUGGAGCCCUCAGACGUUAAACCUAGCCUUACGAAUGCUACGGUGUUAGAUUUGGAAUCUCCAUUUGUACCGACACCUUCAAUAGACCCUUCAUCUCCAUUGGUUGGUCUAGACUCAACCAGUGGUUUGUAUACCACACCUACUAUAACUUACAAUACUUCCUUACCGGUGACCAACCAACCUCCUCCGACUGUGGAACCAGAUAGCGUGUCAUCGGUUAAUGAAAGCCAAUGGAUUUUCACCUCAAUUCCAACCGAGACUCCAUUUCUAAGUACUAUAUUGAGCACCUCGGCAUACCCAACUGACUCAACCUUCAACGUGACCUCACCUCCCCCUGUAAGCGAGAUGGCCGACGAAGAGUUUCUCUCCGAAAUGCCAUCUGACACUCCCGUCACCGUGGUUACUAACAGUGAUGACAUGAGUAACUUUACAGUCUCUCCCACAGUGUUACAUAAUGACAACACUGAGUCUACAUUCGCAACAGUGACUACAAUAAACGAUUUGUCAGUUACAACACUAAGCACAACUCUUGAAACAACCACUGCCCGGAAGUAUCUCUGCAACAUCACUAAACCAGACACAUACCUGAUUAGAGUCGGGUUUCCUCCAGGAUCCACUGCUGGAUAUGCCAAAGCCAAAAUCAGAGAGAUUCUGAAAGCGAAGUUUAAUCGCUCAGUGGAGCUACAGGUAGUGAAAGCUCCUCCAGACUUUGUGUUUCGUGCCGUGUCCGGUGCUGUGGUUUUUACAGCCAUAUCAGUCAUUAACGCCCUGAGACCCUCUGCUCAAACCACCAGCUCUUUUAUCAGUGUGUCACCCAUCAGUCCAGUACCAGGGCGACAGUACCACGUACAUUCAGUGCUUGAGUUUGUACCCAGCCAUGAAGACAUCGGUAUGUGUAUGUUCAGUGAGCAUAUAGAAAAGGGUAUGAUCACUGCAUUAGCUGAAGUCCUCCGACGCGCGCAGAAAUCCACAAACUUCACUGUGCAUAUUUUAAACAUCACAAUGAGCCUCAUGGCUACGCAACAGCAGAAGGUUCCCGUGGAGAUCACCUUUGCGGUGCGUGACUUCCGUGGGUAUGUGCUGGGGGCAGAGGUCAGCGCUCGUCUUCGUGACCUCAGUGUGGUGGAAUACAGCUACUAUCUGGGCUACCCAGUUAAACAGAUCGCAGAGCCUUUUCACUACCCUGUGCUGAAUACAACCCAACUGCUUCGUUCUUCAUGGGUUAGAACAGUAUUGCUGGGUGUUUUGGACCAACGUGUGAAUGACAGGGUCUUCCAAGCUUCCGUGGAGAGAAAAUUGGCUCUUUUGCUGGGGGACGCACUGGGAACUGGGCGUCGCUUUAAAAGAGCAACUAGUGUUGGAAACAACAGUGUGCAGAUUGUGCAGACCACUCGCCUGGUGGGCCCUGACAAUCCCCUGGAGAUUAUUUACUUCGUGGAAGGCGCUAACGGAAAGAGGAUUCCUGCUAGAACCACAGCCAACAUGCUCAACAGUCUGGACAUGCAGCAUGCAGCUAUCGUCAUGGGAUACCGCAUCCAGGGAAUAUUAGCACAGCCUGUGGAAAAACAGGCCUCCCAUCCCUCAGAUACAGACAAAACCAACACGUGGAUAAUCGUGGGGGUGGUGGUCCCCGCGGUGGUGGUGAUCAUUAUCAUAUCUAUCCUGUACUGGAAACUCUGCCGCACCGAUAAACUGGAAUUCCAGCCGGACACCAUGAGCACAGUCCAACAGAGACAGAAGCUGCAGACUCCCAGCGUGAAGGGCUUUGACUUCGCCAAGCUGCACAUGGGACAGCACAGUAAAGACGAUCUCAUGGUCAUUCAAGAGCCGAUGCCGCUUCCUGUGCCCACCAAGGAGCAAAACCCACCCGAGAGCGCAGAUUUGCCCACACCCAAGUCCAAGGGCUCCUCUAAAGCUUCACGCAAUGCCCAGCGCCGCAGAGGCCAAAUUUCUCCGUCAGAGGGUGACUCAGUGGGCAGUGAUCCAGGCAGUGAGAGAGCGUCUCCUGAGGACGGUACGAAACCUGCCGGGCUUCCCAGCGAUCCCAAGCAAACCCGUAAAGCGGCUGUUAAUGGAUUAAACGGUCCUCCGCCAAUGAACAACAACAUGGAUGAACCUUUAUCUUCAGCCUCCAUCUUCGAGCAUGUUGACCGCAUGUCCCGUGCAACUGACGGCCCCAAACGUCCACCUAAUAAAAUUCAGCUCAUCGCCAUGCAGCCCAUGCCAGCCCUGCCUUUACCCAGCCUUGCCGCCAAUGACAAAGCAGCAGAAAAUGCCAAGCUGAGCAAAGAGAUCCAGGUGGCUUUGAGGCACAAGUCUGAAAUCGAGCACCAUCGUAACAAGAUCCGACUUCGAGCCAAAAGGAAAGGCCAUUAUGACUUCCCCGCUAUGGAUGAUCUCAUCGAUGGGCUCGGUGAUUCCAAAGAGCAAGACCGAAUCUACCAAAAGGCCCAAAUGCAGAUCGAAAAGAUUCUGGAUCCAGACAUUCACAUGCCUUCUCUCUACACGGAGCCCAAGAAAAGCAACAGUCGCAAGCAUUCUCCUAAACAGAAGAAACAGUUAAACGGUGAUGUGACAGAUGCUGACAGGGACAGACUCAUAACAGACAGCGACGGGACGUACAGAAAAUACCCGGGAGUCAAUAACAUAGCAUAUGUGUCUGACCCAGACCAGGGCCCUGACCAGCAUAGCCCAUCCCCGACGGAUGACGUUUUCCACAGCCCUAUUUCUCCUCCUCCAGGCCAUCCUCCUCCCCCUCCUCCCUACCUAUCUCCUCAGCCAUCUAUAGAAGAAGCCCGUCAGCAAAUGCACUCUCUACUGGAUGACGCCUUCGCCCUUGUGUCUCCUACGUCUCAGGGAAGCACAGCUGGCAUCACCCUGCCAGGGGUCGGACUCAACCCCACAGCCCCGCCCCCUACCAGCCCACCUUCUCGCGGUCCACGGCCCUGGGGCCCGGGAUACCCACCCUUCAAUCCCUACACAGGGAGAUAUGCUGAAUUAGGUCUGCCUCCUUCAACGGUACAGGGUUUACUGCAUAGGCAAGGUUUGGGUUCUGGCUACAUCCCACCAUGUGAUGCUCUACCUGUCGAACAGCUACAGUCAGAGUCGCUGUACUCUGGUCGAGUGGGCCACAUAGAUGAGCCCCCCUCCUCUGCCAGGCCACGGCCUGUAGGUGGCACUGCAGGUGGUCAGCUGCAUCAUUUAACUCAUGCUGGUCUGGCGGGUCGUGUAAAUGACAGCCGGCAGCCUGGUGGGCUGAACUGGGGUCUGUAUCAUGAGGACGACAACAAAUUUGCUAACAGAGACCCUGUCCUUGGCUCUCUUGACUACACCUCCAUCUCUGUGUUCCAGACCUCCAGGAAUGGCCUUAAGGAGCCAUCUGCCGCCCCCACCCAUCUGGACUCACUCGGCCUGGGCUACCCUCCCUCGGCACCUCCUGAGGAGCCUUCUCCUCCCAACCACUCAUCCGCCUCGCUCAUCAAAGCCAUCCGAGAGGAGCUGAUGCGCCUCUCGCAAAAACAGGCGGCGGUACCCAGCUACCACAGCUGAGACCUGCUCCAUCAGGCUCUCCACCCAAAAACUGCACUAGACUGCACUGUACUUCCCAUGGAAGUGGCUUUUUUGAGACGACUUGUACGUCCUGUAGCUGCUGCUGCCACCCUGUGGCGGAGAGCGUUAGGACAGGAAGAGUAGACAUGUAGCCCUUUAAGGUUGAUUUAUACUUCCAUCUCGAACCUGUAGGCAUGGAUCUCUCCAAAUAUGAAUCUACACAGAACACAACAUAUCCUUCUUUUAGAGGGUCUCUCUAAUAAAUGUAACACUGUUUAACCAUAAUUCAGUUUUAUAUGUACAAAUCGUCGCUGUCGGACUAAAACCUUGGCUGUGUCCAAAAUCGCCCACUAUACCCUCAUUCACUAUUCCCUACAUUAGUUCACUAAUAUAGUCCACUUUAAGGAACGGGUGAAAACGAGUGAGUAAAUUCGGACACCCUGUGCACUCGAAAUGCUGCGGGCGCCGUCUUCUGCCGAGACGCGGGAAUUCAUUCAGCGCGAACAUCACAAUAGAUGGCUAGCAGCUAGCCAUGAGUGUACAUCGGUUGUACACUCGUUAUUAUGAUGCAUCAUGGGAUUGAAUGAGUGCACUCAAUAAUGUCCACUAAAAAUGAUUGUCCCCUCAAAUAGUGCACUAUAUUAGGGUAUAGGGGGCUAUUUCGGACACAAACCUUGUAUCAUUUUUGAACACAUCAACACAUUGUUAAAUUAAAGAAAAAGAAAACGUUUUUUUUCCCCAUUUCCUGUAAAAUGGCAGUUUUGGAGAUACAAGCUUUCAGUCUGACAACGAUGAAUGAAUUGUGAGCUCAUCACGGAAAAGUUGGCAGUUUUUCUAGAGUAUUCUGGUCAAUGCAAAGCUAUAAAUGCAAACAGCCUAUGGCACAGGUUCGGCGCAGAAGUAUAACAGCUGUAUUGCUGUUAUUUUUCCCAUAGUAAAGUUCAUAACAUAAGCAGUGUCUUGAGACGGAGAGAAUUCCUUGUUUUUACCAUAUUUGCAGUGACAUCACAACCCAUAAACUUCAGGAGCAACUGCUAUGAUGCCUCUACUUGGACCAGGGUUCUCUUUCAAUAUCGUUUUGUUAGAAACGUGUGUGUGCGUUUUAUUUUUACGUUGUGUGGUUUCUUUGCUGUGUACACUGCCUUUUGAAUAAUUGUAUACCUUGCACUGGCUCCUGUAGAUUCUCACUGAAAAACUACUCUUUGAUACCUUAAAUUUUAUCUGUUUAUUUUUUGUGUUUUCUCUGUGUCUAAUAAUAUUUUGUCUAUAUACAGUACACAUCCUUUUAUCUCAAUUUACUGGCCAUGAACCACAUAAUGCCUUCACGAUACAGUAUUGGAUCCUAUACAGAGUAUUCUCUUAAUUAUACUAUAGACCACUUCCGGUCCAGAAGCACUUCCAGAUUCAUUUUUUAUUUUAUUUAAAUCUUGCAAAUGUAAUUACAUCUUAAAGAUAUUCGUUUAACAUUUUAAAUCUGUUAUAAAUGUUCUGUUCGUUGUAUUUUGUUUAAACAAUGGGUGUUGGAAAAAAACUGGAACAGGAAGUUCUUCUGGACCGGCAUUGUUUAUGUCUUCCGAAGUGGUCUAUAGGGUCCAGUAAUAGUAUUUGAAGUACUGACAUCAUUACCCUUGGCAAAUGCCUUUAUUUGUUUUGGUACCAACAAAGUACUCUCGACAGAGUAAGGAAUGUUCUUGAGUCAGUGCACAUCGACUUGUCCCUCAGUUUGUAAAAGCAAAAAUCAAAACAAAAAUGCAAAAAUAUUACAUAAUAGCAGUCUAUGGAGCAAGGCACUGCAUUUAUGAUCAAUUUUUAAAACAAACACUGUUUAAAUUCUUUUUUUUUUACUUCAGUCGCACAUUUGCAUUUAUUCAGUUAACAGACUCUUUUAUCCAAAGUGACUUAUUUAAAGAGAUUGAUCACCCAAAAAUGAAAAUGUUGUCAUGAAUUUCUCAUCCUCAAAUUGUUUCAAACCUGUAUACAUUUCUUUGUUUGGUUGUACACAAAGAAAGAUUUGAAACAAAUGUUAGAUUCUAGAUUUUGGGGGCACCGUUGACUACCAUAAUAGAAAAAAAUGCUGUAUAUUGUUUUGUUCUGUUAAACACAGAAGAUAUUGUGAAGAAUUUGGAAAAACAAACAGGUAACAUUCUUCUUAAUAUCAACAAAACAAAGACAUUUAUACAGGAGGUAGAAUAAUUCAUGACAGAAUUUUUUAUUUGGGGAGAAGUGUCCCUUUAAGCAUUUGACGUUAAAGGAUGUGACGUAACAAUCUGACAGAAAUGAUUAUGCAGACACAAAAUCUACUCACAUAACUUUGUAAAAUAAUUCAUUUUAAGAGCUUUAACAAACGUAUUAGCUUCAUAUUUGUUUACAAAGUGAGGGAUGAGUCACAAUUAUUGCCUGUGAUGAUCUCGGCAUGUCGCCUUUUAAUUCUGUCCAUUUGUUCAUGAACAAAUCAAAAGAAUUACACCCACGGUUUACUCUCCUACGUACUUUCAGUAUUACUACUGUUUAUUGGUAUUUGAAGACAAUAUUUCAUUGCAGGUGAAUGAAGUUUAUACCUGUACUGUUUAAUGAGAACAAAUUUGAAUUGUUUUAGGUCAACCUAUGGACUAAGGUUAGGGUUAUGUGUUUGAAAGGUUUUCGUUUAUUGUCACCUUUUCACCACUGCCAUGAAGUGCUCAUUGUUCACUGGCAAUAACAUUUAUCAAUGCAUUUACAGUAUUACAGGACAUUGUAUAGCUGGUUAAACUGCUGUUGAUCAACUCUUCAUACACUACAGUGUGUUCUUCUACAUCAUGCUUAUAUAGAGCGUUUGGUGUGUCGAAGAGCAUUAAACACGUGGUCACUGUAACUAGUAUUAGAUUCACUCUGUGAAAGUUCAAAACACUGAUUUCUCAGUUAUCUGUACAAUAUUUCAUGCUCGGGUGUAUUCUUGCUUUUGUGCUGAAACUCAUUGCGUUGAUGAAAACAGGAGCACCAUCUUUGCUCUGAGAUAACGGACAAUUCUCACGUGAUCUGCCGUUACAUUGUUUUUCUGCUUUAAGUUUACGUCUGGUUGGACUUUCUUGACCUGUAGUUACAAUUCUACUGAAUCUUUAUUUAAGUGACAAAUAAAAAGAAUUAGCCU